UAAUAAACAACAUAAUAUUAUUAAUAUAAAAUACAGAGAGUUUUAUACUAAUUAACUAGAUUUAAGCAAUUUGUAAAUUUACUUAAAAAAUCUGAUGGCAUAUAUAAUUUAUUCAAUCACAAUCAUAUGUUUGUGUAUAUCAAACAUAAAAACAGAGUACAGACCCGAUAUGCAGAAGAAUAUAUUUCGUGCUCUCAAUAAUAAUAAAGGUAUCUUUGAUUUCGGGUUUUCGACGACAUAUGUCGGUGAAGAUCCGUUCACUUUUGAACACUUCCUAUUCAUAAGACAUCACUUCUGGAAAGUCAAACAAACAGAAAAUGAUGAGAAAGAGGUUUGCAUUGAAGACUUGGAGAGUGAACAACACAGUGAAUUCAACCAUAGAUUCACUCUUGCCUUUAGCUAUCUGUCCGAUCAUAUGGUCCAACACGACGAUGAACUCAAUCUAACAAAUCAUGUUUUUUUACAAUUGACUCUUAAAUCAAGUGAAUAUUACGCUGAGUUUGAAUCACAUGAAUUGAUUGAAAAUAUCUUUGACGCCAAUCAUAAGGAUUUAUAUUAUAUGGUUGGCGGCGAUUAUUAUCCAUUUUUCACCCAUUACUUCAACGCGACCGCUGCCUUUCAACCGCAGUCGUUCACCGACGACGGAGAGACCGAUGGACCCAACUUUGUGUUUAUUCAGCAGAAUAUAACAGUUGAGGGACUUUAUGAACGGCUCUCUGAAGUUCAUUCAAUCAUUGAUAACUUGAAAAUCAGAAAUACAACCGAAAAGUUUGGCAAAUAUAUACCGCCGUUCAUAGCACAGGUCGAUCCACGACUCUAUAUAAACUCUGUUUUGCCGAUGCGUUUGGGCGGCGAUAUAGAGGAAGGAAAACCCGCCGCUAUUCUUAUACUACUUGACGAAGGAAUCAUUAAAUAUUGUGUUACCGAUGAACAAGUCUUAGAUGAAAGUUGCAAUCCAUCAAAUUUAAGGCAACUAUUGAGGUGUAGCUUUUCUCAUGAAGAGCUUUAACCAUAAUUUCAAUGGCAUUGGUUUUAAUUUAAAACAUUAUUGUAUUUAUUUUUGAUUAAAUUUGAAAUAUUACUAAGCUGUAAACAGUUUAAAUAAAU